CAACAAAGUACCAGCUUCUCUUGCGAGUAUACAACACACUACAUAGUUCACGGCCGCCGAGCCGUGAAUUUUUAGCGUCGUUCGAGCAUUCGAACAAGCGCUUCUCCACUUUAGGCUGCAGCUUUCCGGAUGGCAGUAUAAGCUCUCCACGCUUUCCGCGGCGCAUCAAGGCUGACUCACAUCGCCUAGGGUGCUUCAAGUACGACUCGUAUUGCCGGCGCUGGACUCUUUGGUGUCCAGGCUACACUCCGAGCUACCGCGUGUAAGAUCAAACAAUUGCAAUAUCUUCUGAAGUGUCGAUCGUGUCGAUUUCACUCAUAGCUCGUAGCGAAUAGCCUCUUCGUGGAGGACCAUAUGGCCUUUGGGGUGGAUGGAGGCACUGAUGAAACGGCGCGACCAAGCGUGUGCGGCGCCGCUGUUGCACAUUAUGCUACCUUACAAGAGGAAUUCCCGACUGGUUUCUUCGACCUACCUGCAGAGCUGCGCAAUGCCAUCUUCGAAAUAGCGGCUUCGGACAUCGAGCUAAUACUGGUCGAGAAGCAUCAGUGCCAUCCACAGGCAGGUCGCACGCUUGCGGUCCCCGGCUUGCUGAUGGCCUCGAAACAGACGAGACAAGAGGCCAGACCUGUAUUGCUUAGGCUUGCCAAAGUGUCGGCUUUGGUCCGUGACUUCGACUUCCAAAGUCUCCGACGCGAUAUAGCCUUACUACCGCGAUCGGAUCGUAGAGCCAUGAUGGCGAACUGCGGGCCGACACUUCGGCUGCAUAUAACGCAUUGUGACCAGACCGCCCUUCGUGCACUGUACCUCUGGAUCCGACGGCAAGCGCGAUGCCGUGCGUUGGGUCGCCAGAAAAUGCAGGAGACGCCCAGGCUCACCUGGUCAUAUGAGGUAGAACCGGCGGUCGUCCGCGACCGUUUCGAGAAUAGUCGGCUUGGCAUGAUGGUUGGAGGGUCUAGCGUUGUCAGUUCUACAUUGAACAUGCUGGUGCAGCUACGUGACGUGUUGAAAGAGCAUGAGCAGUCCGAACUGGAUCUGAUUGUAUUGGCAUUUGAGAGACGGAAGGCGCGGGCCCGAACGACGUGAAGGGGUUGGCUCAUUGUGUGCACGGUGGGUGAAGCGGCAUCUAGUCACGUCAUUAUGGAGA